CGGCUGGCUUCCGGGUCAGAGGUCAGAGGAGAGCUCACCUUCCGCUUCCGCCGCUUCCGAGGGCUCCGGCUGCCUGGCCGGCCGGCCUGCCUCUCCGUGGCGACGGCGUCAUGAAGGCCAUCGUGCAGCGCGUCACCCGGGCCAGCGUGACAGUCGGUGGGGAACAGAUAAGCUCCAUUGGACGAGGCAUUUGUGUACUGCUGGGUCUGUCUGUGGAAGACACUCAGAAGGAACUUGAGCAUAUGGUUCGAAAGAUAUUAAACCUCCGUGUGUUUGAAGAUGAAAGUGGGAAGCACUGGUCUAAAAGUGUAAUGGACAAGCAGUACGAAGUGCUCUGUGUCAGCCAGUUCACUCUGCAGUGUAUUCUGAAAGGCAACAAGCCCGAUUAUCACAUGGCAAUGCCCGCAGACCAAGCUGAAACUUUCUACAACAGCUUCCUGGAACUGCUCCGCAAAACAUACAAGCCAGAGCUCAUUAAAGAUGGCAAAUUUGGCUCACACAUGCAGGUACAUAUCCAGAACGACGGGCCCGUGACCAUAGAACUAGAGUCUCCUGCAGCUCCCAUUGAUUCUAAGCAGCUGGCAAAACUCGAGAAACAGCAACAGAGGAAGGAGAAGACCAGAACGAAGGUGCCCUCUGAAUCAAGCAGAGAGAGGAACAUUCCUAGAAGUAAAAAUGAUCCCAGUGCCAGCAGUGGAGCGGAGGGGGAUGUGUCUUCAGAAAGAGAACCUUAGAUGACCAAAAAGAGGGGCAGGUAGAAGCUCCAUAACAGGCUGCUGGUGACCUUCAGUGCUCAUUAGCGGAUGACACCCAAUUCCUAUCCCAAAAUAUCUGAGGCAGAAAGCAAGAGAGAAACGGGAAGUUCAGGACAACGUCACGUUGUCUUCACAGCCGACCAACCAACCAAAGGAAUCUUGCCUGUAUCCAUUGCUAACGCAUUUAAAAGUGGAGGUGGUAAAUCAUAACUUUUCUGUUUCUUUGGAUCAACUCUUACCUUGCCAUAGGGGUCACUUCUGCACGGUGGCUCCCCGCAUCAGUGGGGAGUAACUGCAUCGUCUGCCUGCCCCACUCAGGUCAUGAAACGUCCUUGUCCUGCUGAGUGUCUGCCCUGCUCAUCCCGUGAAUCCUUUGCCAUCCUGCAGAGCUUGGAACUGGGGGAAGGGGGGGGGGGAAUCAUGCUUGAAAUCUCACCAUAGAAACAGUCCCUUUCUCAGGCCCGAGGGGCGGAGGAGCCCGUGGCUCACAUGAUCCCCUGGUUUCCGAGCUACUUCAUGGAGUUUGGAAGUACACCAUUACCCUGAUGAGCUCCAGUCCUCUUCCUGGUUUUGGAGUUGUGGUGUGUGUGUGUGGGGGGGAUUGUCCUGAAACCUUUGUGCUGAUCUUUGAGGUCCCUUCUGAGUGCCUCUGAAAACCAGCAAAGUGUCAAAAACAGCACACCACUCCUCUCUUACACACAGAUUGGGGGGCUCUGCCCUGCAUGGAUAUUUGGCUGGUCAUUUGUGGAUCCCUCAUUCCUGGUCACCAAUGGGAUUCGGGUGGCCUGAGGCCUGGAAACCACGCCACUGCCAUUACCUAACCACCGUCCCUUUGGUCUCAGCCGGGCCCACCAUUACUUUGGUGUGGUGGAAGCCUCUGCAGGCUGACUCCAUGACACCUCCACAAGAAUGCAGGAAGCCCCUGGCCACGUGGGAGGAGCCCCGUUGCUGCAUCCCUCCCGGCAGGUGGAAGAGGAACCACAGUGUAGGCACAGGGCUUCCCACAUCUCCUGAAUGGUUGGGGUGAGGAGCAGUGCUGCACCAGCUCCCCAGUUGACUUCGAUAAGAAGGGAAGGGCUUUUGAAUACAGGCUGGAGCAGUGCUGGAACAACGGAUCAGAUGAUCCCUUUUGAUAAACUCAACUUUUUUUCCCUCGUGCUUUCACUUGAACUCAAAAAAAGCAGGCUUCUGUUUUGAUGUGCAGUGUCAUCUGGUGUCUCUUUUCGUAGCACUGAACACAAAACGUGUGCACAUUGACUGUGUAUUUCGUGUGCGUGUGUGUCUAGCUGUACGAUCUUUGUGGAAAAUAUGUAGGCGAGGCACAUCUGCCAGUUAUUUAUCCUGUGAACUGUGUGUGUGUGUGUCUGCGUGUUUUAUGUCCUUUGAACUUUUUCAAAAUGAGGAAAAAAACUUUAUUAAUAAAGUGUGCCUCUUGAA